CAGGCGGCAGAGGCCACGGCAACAAGCAGCAGCAGCUUGAUGCAGCAACAGCUCCUGGUGCUCAUGGGAGCAUAGCAAAGUGCCAAGGGCCAAACCUUUCCUGGACAAGAGGCUGCCAUCGUCGUCUCCUACACUACUACUACUUGCUGCUGCAGCAAAUCUUGUUGUAACAAUCACCAUCACCAUCGCCGCAGCGCCCCCUCUCCUCCUCCCUCCCUCGUCGUCGUCCCCCCUUUGAGCCCUUUCCGCCGCCGCAUUCAGUCGUCGGCAGUAGCUCAGUCUGGUGCGCAGGCCGCAACCUCUUAAUACACACACCAACUCCUCUCUUGCAUUCACCAACUCGGUCAACGACACGAUACAGAACGAACGACGACCACGCGCUUGUUGCUCGCUUCGCCCCCCUCUCACUCUCUCACACACACACCGCCUCGCCGCCUCACUUGAGCACGAACCCGACAACGACCACCACGUUGCCUCCUUCGCGCUCAGUCCCACUCCUCCCACCUUCUUGAUCACCUCGGGCCUGCGCGUGUCGGAUCUGCGAAGGGAACCAACCCAACCCCGACAAGGACAAUUCGAGUGCCCCGCCCGCCCCUCGGUCGCCGCUCAGUGUCACCCACCCGCCCCCGCCCCCUUCUCGCGCGUCUAAUUUCCCCUUCUUGGAGACGACGCACGAUCCGACCAUUGUGUGUUGUGUGGUGCGCCCCCCCUUGGUCUUCCCCCUCGAGACUGCGACACGACCAGAUCGGCACCAGCGGCAGAGUAGCAUCGUUGUCGGCCCCCGUGACGCCAACGCCCACACGCCCAGCCCAGCAGCCCCAGCUCGCCGACUUUACGCCCACCCAGGACCGCCUCUUUGAACGACGCCACCGCCGGUGCACUGUUCCUCGUUUGAGACAACAAGUGACUCUCGCCUGCGCCUCUGCCGUUGUCGUCUAGGUCGUCGUCUGGCGAUCUGCCUUCCCUGGCGCACGCUCACGCGCACGCUCACACAAUAAGUAGCACAAGUAGCCACCACCACCGGCCAACUACAACAACAUUGCAGUCAGUGCGCCGCACUGUCCUUACCCCCAAAUUUCCAGCCCCAACACACGCCACCACACACACACACACACACAUCAAAGCGCGUCGUGUUCUCGUCGCUCAACAUCGUCGCUCUCCACUCUGCACACACACGCAUCGAUCUCAGGUCGCCACUCGCCCCUCCGUCGAGAAGUUGCAGGUUGAGUCAUUGAUUCCCCCUCGCGCCCACUCGGACAGCCUAUAAAGUCGCAAGCCUCGGUCGCCCAACAGAACCCAGACUUGUCAACACCCUCUUCCCCCAAGAGGUACCUUUGCCUCUUUCCCCAAUCUCCCCCCCGCGCCAACGGUGGCAACCUCGUCUGUGGCGGCGCAGCUCGUCCACAGACCGGAUCCCGUCGUCUUGCAGCCACUACAGCAACUGCCCCACUGGGGCCGAGUCGAGGGCCAGGUGGCCUUCAACCAACCGGUUCAGAAAGGCCACCACGCCCGCGGCCCCUACCGCUCUUCGUUGUCGCUUUCCCCACCAACUUCAUCAUCACCAUCCUCCCUCUAUCGCACGUCUCCCAUGACCUGGGCGUCGACGUCGUAUCAAGCGGCAGCGGGCUCCACGUCUUCGUUUGAGCCUCAGACGCCACCGCUUUCUGGCUGCGCAACAGGACCCAUCAUGGACGGUUACGCAAACGCAUGGGACGUGAACGGCAAUGCCGACUACGAUCCCUCCUACGACAUGCCGCCCAUGCUCGAAGAUCCCCUGAUGGUCAAGGGUGCGGCAAACGAAGCCGCCCCACUCCACACUUACAUGGCACCCCUGUCGCUCAACGCGGCCCCAAGUCUGCCUUCUCCACCACCAUCCAAGCGAAUCGACAUGCGACUCGCCCAGCCAGGGUCGGAAGAAUCCAAACCCGGCUACCUCACCCCCUUGGCCUCCUACACGGCCGAGACUUUCUGGUACUUUUGGUACGCGGUCAUCUCGCCCAUCGACAUGGCUGGCCGCCGCGUGAGCAACUUUCACUCGACGACAACAGCAGAGCCCUUCGACAGCGAAGGACGGCCACGACAUGCGAUCGACCCAGGCCAGCUCCAGCCGAAUGUCGCAUUCCGCCAAUUUGUGUUCUCGGUCUUACACAGCACACAGGUUUCAUUCAGCGUGACAAUCCUCGCCCUCAUGUACACCUACAAGUACAAGAAGAUUAUGGCGCUCGGACAACGUCUCCCCUACAAGCACGAGGUCAGCGAAGCCCAGGGCUUUGUGACGGGUUUGAUGCUUGCAAACAAGUACCUUGACGAUAACACGUACACCAACACGACGUGGGCCCAGUUCCUGGGCAUCCCUGUCAAGGACGUCAACGAGUACGAGCUCGACUGGCUUGACGCGCUCAAGUUCAACCUCUACGUGGGACCAGACGACUUUGAGAACUGGCGGUCAAUGCUCGAUGCCCACGUUCGCUCGCGGGAGCGCGGCGAUGCUCUCGCCGCCAUGUCGGUCGCGGAUCCCUUCUCGCCCGGAGUACGCGCCCGAUCGGCCUCGCCGCCCCUGGGGUACUUUGACCACGCCAACGGCCAGGAUGCUUCCCUCAGGAAGCGUAGCGCCAAGGAUGCGUUCGCAGCCGAUGUGCUUCACAACACGGGAAUGUACGAGGCUGCGCGCCUCGGCGCUCGCAAGGCGUCCUUUGCUCCCCUGCCAGGAUACCCCACUGCCAGCACCGCUCUUCCUACCCCCACGCCCUCGGUCUUGUCGCCUACCAACGUCGGUGGCCACGCCAGCGGCAGCAGCCUCGGACGAUCGUCUUCGCUUAGCCGCCAGAUUGCCCGUCUUCCAAACGGCCGUCGGGAUUCGUCAGGGCAAGACCAGAUUGCCACGGCGACCAUGGACCUCCGCCACGCGGCUGCAGCCAACACGCUCAGCAACUGGGUCUACCCUACGCCAGCUGCGACCGAGGCUCUCCAGUUUGACAAGGACGACCGUUGGCGCCAGGCCGCUGCCCGCCAGCACCGCCUCUACUUCCUGCAGGCGGCUGCGACGCCCCAAUUCGGCCCCGACCCUCGCUACCACAAGGCGAUCCCUCACUAUGUCGACCCGUCGACCGGCUACGGAUACACCGCCGCGGCGGUCGCGGCCGCGCAGUACGGUACCCAGGAGAUCAUGGACGUCGACCACCUUGCCAACGAGAUCAACCUUGCGUCGCCCACCGACGUGGCCAUGGCUCAGCAGCAGCAACAACAGCAGAUGCUCAUGGCGAUGCAGCAGCAAGCCCAGCCUGCGGUCCCCUCGGCAUACAUCCCGAUCGCGCAACCCGUUCUCCACCCCCAUUUCCACAACCCUCAGCCUGCGCAGUUUGCCAACGCUGGACCUCCCGGCUACGCCUACGGGGCGCCGGCCUGGUUUCAGCCUCAGCAGCAACCACAGCCGCAGCCUCUCCAGCUACAGCAGCCCCAGCCGUGGGUUGCUACCCGUCACUGGCGCGCUGGUCAUGCCUCUCGUUGGAGCACGAGCUCUGAGGAGGGCUACAUGAACCUCCGCCCACCGCCCAUUUGCAACUCUGUCAGCGAGUGGUCUUCUCCGCUCCACGCUGGCUACUAGAGAGAGACCAGCGGGUCUGUCACCACCACGCCUAAUACGAUCGACACUUGUCGUCGACCACGCCUCGUCCAACAACUGUUUUGGGCCACGCCACACAACCAUCCAAUGUUCUCGAGUCGCAGCAGGACUUCGGACUCGAAGCUUGAUACUACAGACGCAUCAUCCGCCAGCAAUUCAACCACUUAAUCCAUCCAUGUCAUGUCUGCAUCGAACCGUCGACAGGUUUUCAGAGGUCUUUUACUGUAUCUAUAGAGUGGUACAAAGAAGUUGGGAUGUACAUUGUCCAAUUG